AUGAGCUCCGACACCAAGGCUGACACCACCAUUGCCAACAACGACGUUGUCACAAAGUACAAGGCCGCUGCCGAUGUCACCAACGCUGCCAUUCGCAAGGUUCUUGCCGCGUGUAAUGAGGGCGCCAAGAUCCUCGACCUGUGCAAGCUCGGUGACGCUGCCGUCGAGGCUGGUCUGAGCACUCAGUACACCAAGGCCAAGAAGCUGAGCAAGGGCCUUGCGUACCCGACCAGCGUGUCGGUCAACAACGUCGUGUGCCAUUUCGCGCCGCUGGAGAGCGACCCGGGAGCCGACAAGACCCUGCAGGCUGGCGAUGUUGUCAAGGUGCAGAUUGGUGCUCACAUUGACGGCUACGCCGCGGUUGCCGGUAACACCGUCGUCGUCGGCUCGUCGGAGGCCAACCCGGUGACGGGCAAGGCUGCCGAUGCCAUUGCUGCGGCUCACUACGCGGCCGAGACCAUCCAGCGCAUGCUGAAGCCCGGCAACAAGAACAUGGUUGUCACGGAUCAUGUGCAGAAGGUUGUCGAGUCGUUUGGCUGCAAGCCGAUCGAGGGUAUGCUGUGCCACGAGCAGAAGAAGGACGUCCUGGACGGCGAGAAGCAGAUCAUCCUGAACCCUAACCCCGAGCAGCGCAAGCAGUUCCAGGCGUGCGAGUUCAACGAGCACGAGGUGUACCUGGUUGAUGUGUUUGUCACCAGCGGCGACGGCCGCACCAAGCAGUCGGAGCUGCGCACCACCAUCUACAAGAAGACCGGCACCAACUACAAGCUCAAGAUGCAAUCACGAGCAAGUUUCGGCUCGUUCCCGUUCUCCCUGCGUGCCUGCGAGGACGUGCGCAAGAUCCGCAUGGGUCUGAUCGAGUGCUGCAAGAUGAACGUUGUCCAGGCGUACGACGUGUUUGAGGACAGGCCCUCGGAGGUCGUGGCCCAGGUCACGUUCACCGCCCUGGUCACCCCGAACGGCGUUACCCGCAUCACGCAGGGCCUGGCGUUCGACGAGAAGGUCAUCAAGACCGACAAGAAGAUCGAGGACAAGGACGCCCUGGCUCUGCUGGCCACCAGCACCAAGAUCAACAAGAAGAAGGCCAAGAAGACCAAGGCCAAGACCGAGUCUGCGUAA